GCCCAAGCAAAAGUCCAUAAUCUUAAAUCCUCGCCUCCGUCUCCAUCCGCUUCAGGGGGGGCUCAGAGGCCUGGCCAAGAUAAACGAGGAGAAGAUAAAAGAAACGGAAAGGGCGAUGGGUCGCGCCCUUCUCUCCCACCUCCUCCUCCUCUCCAACCAAAAAUCUCCUCGCCUCUGCUCUUCGAUCGUUUGCCAUGGUCGCAACCAGUCGAGCCACUUCGUACGAACGGGAGGAACCACCCCGUCUCGUCUCCCUCUCCACACCGGCACCAAUUUCCGAUGCAACUGCACCGUUUCGGCGCCCGAAGCCGAGGGCUCCGUGAGCUCAUCCAGCCCUGUGAAGAAAAGAGUUGUUUCUGGGGUCCAGCCAACAGGAUCGGUACACCUUGGAAAUUACCUUGGUGCCAUCAAAAAUUGGAUUUCACUUCAGGAUACUUAUGAAACUCUUUUCUUCAUUGUAGACCUACAUGCGAUCACUUUACCUUACGAUGCCUCAGAGCUUUCAAAAGACACAAAGAAGACAGCUGCAUUAUAUUUGGCAUGUGGUGUAGACACAUCAAAGGCUUCUGUGUUUGUGCAGUCUCAUGUUCGUGCCCAUGUGGAGCUAAUGUGGCUGCUGAGUUCUGCCACGCCAAUUGGUUGGCUGAACAGGAUGAUCCAGUUCAAAGAAAAAUCUCUCAAGGUGGGUGAUGAAAAUGUGGGAGUUGCACUUCUGACAUAUCCUGUUCUAAUGGCUUCAGAUAUUCUUCUGUAUCAGUCUGAUUUUGUACCUGUUGGUGAGGAUCAGAAACAGCAUCUAGAACUGACUCGUGAACUGGCUGAGCGAGUCAAUUUUCUCUAUGGGGGAAGGAAGUGGAAGAAAAGGGGAGGGAAAGGUGGUGCACUUUUUAAGGUUCCUGAAGCCCUUAUUCCACCUGCAGGGGCUCGAGUGAUGUCCCUAACAGAUGGUCUUUCUAAGAUGUCCAAGUCUGCUCCUUCAGAUCAGUCUCGGAUCAAUCUCCUUGAUCCAAAAGAAGUAAUUGCAAACAAGAUCAAGCGCUGCAAAACUGAUUCAUUUCCUGGCUUGGAAUUUGACAAUCCUGAAAGACCUGAAUGCAACAACCUUCUUUCAAUUUAUCAGCUUAUUACUGGGAGGACAAAAGAGGAAGUUACUCUGGAAUGCCGAGAUAUGAACUGGGGUACAUUCAAAGCAAAUCUUACGGAUGCUUUAAUUGAUCAUCUGCACCCAAUUCAGGUGCGCUAUGAGGAGAUUACUUCUGAUCCAGCAUAUUUGGAUCAGAUGCUCUCUGAGGGAGCUAGAAAAGCUGCUGAUAUAGCAGAAACUACACUUAAUAAUGUCUACCAGGCAAUGGGAUUCUUCCGGAGAUAGUGUUAUCGGUGUUGCGAAAAGCAUUCUUCCAAAACUUAAAUAUGGAAGGCAACUUAAUGUCAUUUCCUAUAAGUUCAAUUAACAGAAAGCAAGCUUUGAUUAUCCAGGAAGAUUUCCCCCCUUUUCUCUUGACAAGCUCCUUAGUCGAUUCUUUGAAUUAAGAACAGCAUUCACCGUCUCCUUGUUAGAUAUUGCUUUGCGAGCAACUCUUCUAUAUGUCUGAGGUUCUAUAUUUGUUUUCUUCUAAUUAUCGUGUAAUUUAGUUUUGGGUGAUCAGAAUGAUCAAAAUGGUAGAAACAUUAAGUAUCUACUUGGUUAGUGAUAACAUUAUCUUUUGUUGAGACCUCAGAUGUAAGAUUUGAUUUCUGUUAUAUUGAUUUGGAAGAAUGUUCAUUCAUUUAUUUUUGAAGUACCAAGACACUUGUUAGAUGGUUUGGAUA